AUGGGAGGUCUACACGCAGUCGAGGAUCGACCAACCCCUAAAGAGGUAUACAACUGGCGACUAUAUACCGAGGCCCUGAUCAUUGCAACAGGCUUCGGUUAUGACUCGGCCUUUGUAGGCACCACCAUUGCUCGCGCCAGCUUCAAGAGCGACUUUGGCAUCACAAAGGCUACCGCUGCCAGUAUCUCAAGCAACAUCACCUCGGCCUUCCAAGCAGGUGCAUUCUUCGGCGCCUUGUUCUGUUAUUUCCCAGUCACGGAACGCGUGGGUCGCAAGUGGGCUUUACAAGUAAACGUCGUGGUUUUCAUCAUCGGGGCUGUCUUGAUGACAGUCGCCACUCACCAACUUUCUUUCAUCUAUGCAGGUCGUGUACUGACCGGUCUCGGAUGCGGUGCCAUCACUGCGACUGUUCCCAGCUACAUCGCCGAGCUCUCUGUUCCUUCGAUUCGCGGUAUUCUGACUGGUCUCUUCGAAAUAGCAUACCAGGUUGGAUCAGUCAUCGGCUUCUGGGUCAACUACGGAAUCAACAAUAAUAUGAAUGUCAAGUCUUCAUUGAGCUGGAGAAUACCCAUGGCUAUUCAGCUGAUUCCAGCUGCAAUCUUGUUGGCAGGAGGCUUCUUCUUGCAUGAAAGUCCUUUGUGGCUUAUGCGCAAGGGUCGCGAGGCAGAAGCAAAGGAGGCCCUUGUCCAGCUCCGUCACCUUCCUGUUGAGCAUGAGUAUCUCCAAGAAGAUGUUAGAGACAUGCAGAGCAGAUUAGACGAAGAGGCAACGAUCGCCGCACGUUACGGCAAUGGCUCUCUGGCUUUCAUUCGUGGCGCACUCAACGAAUUGUCUCGCCCAGGCAUGCGUAAUCGUGUUCUUCUAGUCUUUUGCGCUUUCGCCCUCCAAAACCUUUCGGGUGCUUCAGCAAUCAACUACUACUCGCCAACACUGUUCGGAUCGCUCGGCGUGACAGAUAUCCCGCUAUACACUGGUAUCUACGGACUUGUCAAGGCUGUUGCAUCAAUCAUCUACUACAUCUUCUUCAUCGACGUGAUUGGUCGUCGUCAUCCUGUACUGGUCUCAUCAGUGGCUUGCUCUCUCUGUCUGUGGUUUGUCGGAGCUUACGUCAAAGUCGGACAUCCUGCAGAUGCCAUUGCUGCUGGUGUACCUUUGUCGGCAUCCACAGCAGCUGGUGGUCGAGCUGCGAUUGGCAUGAUUAUGAUUUACUCCAUCUUUUGGUCCUUCGGUCUGAACGCUAUCCCUUGGAUUGUCUCAGCUGAGAUCUUCCCUGGCUCUCUCCGAGUUCUUACCGGAACCUACGCUGCACUUUGUCAAUGGCUCGUCCAGUUCGUCAUGACCAAAGCGUUACCGUACAUCUUCAGUUCUUUCGGUUAUGGUACGUGGUUCUUCUUUGCUGCAUGGAUGUUGGUCGCCACUGUUUGGACAUACUUCUCCAUGCCUGAGACUAAGGGUUUGACUAUCGAUCAGAUGGACGCAAUCUUUGGAUAUCAAGGUCAUGGGAGUGCAGCUGAUACUGAGUACGGUAUGAGCAAUAAGCAAGGAACUGACUCGGUGGAGAAGGUCGGCGCCACCGCCACAGAACAUACUGAGAGGGUACAAUAAACACAUAGCAUAAGUUGCGAUUGGAAAAUGUUCAUGC